AACAGUCCAUGAAUUAAUGAAUCAACAGAAUCAAUGUAACCAGCUCAUGACACUCUCCAUUCAUCCUUUUUCGUUUUCUAUAAUAUCACAAUGCAUCAUUGCCUUUAAUAUCACCAUUUUUGUCGUCCAUUCGAGAGUUUUGGAUUCUGCAGCAAUAGUACACAUCUCUCUCUCAUUACGAUUUCAUGGCAGACAAGUUCUGCUACAUGCUGAUGAGAAUCCAUAUGGACUGCAAUGGUUGUUACAGAAAAGUAAGGAGAGCAAUUCUCGAUAUUCGAGAGUUGGAGACUCAUUCGAUAGAGAAGAAGGAGUGCAGGGUGAGCGUCUGCGGCAGAUUUAUACCGCAGGACGUAGCGAUCAAGAUAAGGAAGAAGACAAAUCGCAGAGUUGAGAUACUCGAUAUACAAGAGCUUAUGAGCAGUAACACCACCACCAACGAUCAAGAACACCUCCAAGAUCAGACGCCACGUACGCCUUUGAUCAGUUCUUGGAAUAAUGUCGUCUCGUACCCUAACCAAGUUGAAACUUUUUGUACAGAAUCACACCACCGUUAAACUUGAUUCGACUGAUUAAUGUGCAUUUAAAACUACUGUAACCAUCUUUCUUUACAGAGUUGGAGUAUGCAGGAUAACUUGUAUUAGGUUAGAGAGACUGGUCAAGUU